CCUGUCGAGUUGAAUCUAAAUUGUUGAUUACUAUUUAAGCGCAGGCUUAAACCAAAUUAUUAUUAACGAAUAUGAUUUUUGUUGUAUGAAUAUCGUUUUAUCAGAGAGACAGAGAGUAAAUUGGUGUUUGUGUCGCUGUUGAUUAUUUUUGGAUCCAAUGUUCAAUAAUUCAAUGAAUAUGCUCAUCAUCUCAUCCGACUGAAAUAUCACAAAGUCAACAAUCAUCCUCCUUUUUUCAUCUCUCUCUCACUUCGUCUUCAUCCUCUCUCUCUCUCUUCUCUCACUUCUCCAUGACAUAUUCUAGGUUAACCAACUAACUGAAGUAUACAAUCAAUUUAACCUUGAUUAACUCCAUCGGUGUUUAUUUCUCUCUCUCUCUCUCUUUUGCUGUUUCUCUCUUUUUUAUCAUCUCCUCUCUCUCUCUUAUUUUAUCAUCUUGUUGAUCACUCACUCUCUCACUCUCUCCCUUUGUCUUUUCCAAUCAUUUUGUCCCCUUCUCUGUAUACUACUUACAACAAACAAGUAGCAUCAAAGUGCUUUUGGUGACCCAUGUUUUGGAUUUUUGUAAACAGUUAUUAGACUAAUUAAUGAUAAUUAUUUUCCUUUGUUUUUAAUUGUUCAUUAUGAGUGUGUGCUUAAAUUUCAACGUCCAGGAGGAUUUUUUGAUGCUUUCCGAUCACCAUCAUCUUCUUCAUCAGACUCUUCAUCAUCACAAUAACAAUCACAAUACAAGUUCAGACGAUGAUGAUGAUGAUUUGUACGCUGGUGGAAAAACAGUUAGAGCUCCGUUCAUCCGAUCUACUUCAUUGAAAACGGGAAAAACGCCACCAAAUACACCGGGACGAAGUAAGAAAGCUGUCCGAUUUGCUGAUUCUUUGGGUCUUGAAUUUGAAUGUGUUAAAUUAAUUAGUCAAGAUGAAUUACCAACGGUUCCUCGAUCAGCAUACCAAGAUUUAAAAUUGAAAGAUUUCACCAAAAGUAAACAAUUUAACAAUUUUGGAAAACAAUUUAGCAAUAUUAAUUUCGCCAACAACACAACGAUCAUCAUUAACUUUCACCAAUACCACCAAUAACAAUGCCAUCAACACCUCUACAACCCCACAACCAACAACAACAACAACAACAACAACCAUCACAUGAACAUAAACACCAUCACCACCUCCCUCGCCAAUACUGCCAUCACAAGUAAACCCAAACCCCAGCGGAAAAUAUCACCCGCUUGGCCCACAGCGUAUAACCCAAAUUGUCCCAAUACUCUGGUUCCUGAGUUUCUUCAACCCAUCGCAUCAACUAAUUUCUGUGAUCGAGUUCGUACUCAACAUGUUUGCCUGGAAAAUUGUAUCGUCUCUUCAGGUGCGGGUAACAUUUCGGUGACCUGUGUAAUUCGAGUUCUCAAUAUUGCUUUCGAAAAGUCAGUUACCGUUCGUCACACAUUAACCGAAUGGCAAACAGCAUCCGAUUCAUUGGCUUCCUAUUUACCAAAUUCGUGUGAUGGUUGGAGUGAUAAAUUUGUGGCCACUUUCAGUAUUCGCUCAGUAUCAGCCGGUGGUACGUUGGCCCCAGGGCAACGAGUAUCUUUUGCCAUUCGAUACACAGUCGGAGACGAUGAAUAUUGGGAUAAUAACAAUGGGCUUAAUUACUCACUUUAUUCAUCAACAAUUUAGAUAAUAUCAAUUUCCCUCUCUCUCUCUCCAACCACCUCGCCCUGUUAAUCUCCACAUCCGCAUCCUCCCCCUCUCUCUCUCUCACUCUCUCUAGGUGCCAUUUUAAUUGUUAAUCCAAAAAUUAAUAACAAAUUGUCUGAAAAAGUAAGAGAUUGUUAAAUAUCAUAUAAUUACAAUAGCGAACUCAUCAACAUCACUCACUCUCUCUCUCUCUCCUCUCUCCUUUUUAGCUCAUCGAUUUUAAUUGUAAAUCCUAUUUACCCCCUUUAACAAAUUUAGAUGAUAAAAUUAUAGCAAAUUAUCAACAAUUAAUAAUCAAUAAUAAUAAUGAAAUAAUUAACGAAUAACAUUUGCAAAGAUUAAUCAUCAUCCCAAGAAAAUUGCCUUCGAAAGUUUCGAUUGCUAUUGAUAAUUUUACCUUCGUUCACUUUUACUCUCAAUCAAUUUUAUUUUUUCUUCUUUUGUUAUUAAUUAUUAUUGUUCUUAUUAAUUGUUCGCUAAUUGUAAUUUACUAAGAUGAUGAUGAUGAUUUGCAUUUAUAAUUUCAUCAUUUGCCACUCAAUUGAAAUUCUCUCUCUCUCUCUCUCUAUUUCUUUCUCUCUUUCUCUCUCUCUCUCUUUCCAUUAAUUGAAACUAAUCAACUACAAUUUACUAAUUAUAAUAAUGUUUGGGUUUGCAAGGUAAACUUUUUGAUUGGUUUCAAGAAGAAAAAUCAAAUUAAUAAUCAUUGUAAUGAGAAAACAAGGAAAUCGAUUGAUUUUCAUCAAUAUUUUAAAACUAAUUUAGAGCUUUAAAGAAAACAUCCUACAAAUUGAAUUAAUUACUAAAUGAAAAAGGUUAAUUGUUGUAAAGCUUUAAUUGUGUAGAAAUGUGUAUUGUUAUAAAUAUAUCACAAACUCUGUAAUCAAUCAACAUACAAAUCAUUGUAAUUUUGUUUCUCCUCUCAAACAAAUCACAAUAAUCUUUAAUCAUCACUAUUUAUCAAUUGUUAAUCAAAUAAAGAUAAUUAUUUCUUCAUCUUAA